AUGGCCGUCAACGCUUCCGGCGCUGUUGAUCAACUUGCCAACGACCUCAACAACACUUCCCUCAAUGGCGGCGUUGAUAUCAAGCCGACGCUCGACACUAACGUGAGCGCUGGCUCCGAGGAUGCUUCGGUGCCCACUCCCAAUUCUGCUGCUCCUCACCCCCAGAACUCGGCUUCUCUGUACGUUGGAGAGCUUGACCCAUCUGUUACCGAGGCCAUGUUGUUCGAGCUCUUUUCUCAGAUCGGCGCCGUUGCUUCUAUCCGUGUUUGCCGUGAUGCUGUCACCCGCCGUUCCCUCGGAUAUGCUUAUGUGAACUACAACUCUACCGCUGACGGCGAAAAGGCUCUGGAGGAACUCAACUACACUCUCAUCAAGGGCCGCCCUUGCCGCAUCAUGUGGUCCCAGCGUGACCCUGCCCUCCGCAAGACGGGCCAGGGCAAUGUGUUCAUCAAGAACUUGGACGUGGCCAUUGACAACAAGGCUCUCCACGACACCUUUGCCGCUUUCGGCAACAUACUAAGCUGCAAGGUUGCUCAGGACGAGAACGGCAACUCCAAGGGUUACGGUUUCGUUCAUUACGAGACGGAUGAGGCUGCCCAGCAGGCCAUUAAGCAUGUCAAUGGCAUGCUUCUCAAUGAGAAGAAGGUUUACGUCGGUCACCACAUACCCAAAAAGGACCGCCAGAGCAAGUUUGAAGAGAUGAAGGCAAACUUUACCAACAUUUAUGUCAAAAACAUUAGCGCAGAAGCGUCUGACGAGGACUUCCGUGACCUCUUCGAACAGUACGGCGAAAUCACUUCCGCUUCUCUGGCCCGUGACCCGGAUGGCAAGAGCCGAGGUUUUGGUUUUGUAAACUACACCGUUCAUGAGCAUGCCUUCAAAGCGGUCGAAGAACUCAACGGAAAGGAUUUCCGCGGUCAGGAUCUCUACGUUGGUCGUGCCCAAAAGAAGCAUGAACGUGAGGAGGAGCUUCGCAAGUCUUAUGAGGCUGCUCGCCUGGAAAAGGCCAGCAAGUACCAAGGUGUCAACCUCUACAUCAAAAACCUUGAUGAUGAUGUUGAUGACGAAAAGCUUCGCCAGAUGUUUGCCGAAUUCGGCCCCAUCACGUCGGCCAAGGUGAUGAGAGAUUCUCCUACUGAAGGCUCCGAGGACGAGGCCGACGAGGCCGACGAGGCCGAGGCCGAGGCCGGAAACGAAGAGGCCAAAGAUAAUGAAGAAGAGACGGGCGACAAGAAGGGUGAACGGAGAGGCGACAAGAAGUUUGGUAAGAGCAAGGGCUUCGGUUUCGUCUGCUUCAGCAACCCCGACGACGCCACCAAGGCCGUCGCCGAAAUGAACCAGCGCAUGAUCAACGGCAAGCCACUGUAUGUUGCUCUCGCGCAGCGCAAGGACGUACGCAAGAGUCAGCUUGAGGCUAGUAUCCAGGCUCGCAACCAGUUGCGCAUGCAGCAGGCCGCUGCCGCGGCUGGUAUGCCUCAGCAGUACAUGCAACCCCCCGUCUUCUACGGCCAGCAACCCGGCUUCAUCCCCCAGGGUGGACGUGGCCUGCCAUUCCCCCAACCCGGCAUGGGCAUGGGCGGUGUCCAGGGAGGUCGGCCAGGCCAGUUCCCAGGAUACCCUCAGCAGGGCGGUCGCGGCGGCGUCCCCCAGCAGAUGCCUCCAACCAUGUACGGCAUGCCCGGACAAUUUCCUCCUCAAUACGGGCAGCCUAGCACCCCGCAAUUCAUGGCGGCCAUGCAGGCUCAGCAGCAAGCUCUGGGUGGUGGUCGUGGGGGUCCUCAGGUUGGCCGUGGUAUGCCUCCUCCCAAUGCUGGUCCCGGCGCAAUGCCCGGAUACCCUCCCAACAAUCGCCAGAGCGGUGCGGGUCGUGGAGGAAACAGCCGCAACAGCCAAGGAAGCGGCACCAACAGCAAUAACAGCGGCCCUGGGCAUGCUCCACGCGGCGAAAGCAGCACCGUCUCCAUGCUCCAGGGACAGCUCGCUGCAGCCCAGCCUGCGCAGCAGAAGCAGAUUCUUGGCGAAAUCAUCUUCCCCAAGAUCCAGGCCAUCAACUCUGAGCUGGCCGGAAAGAUUACGGGUAUGCUGUUGGAAAUGGACAAUACGGAGCUCAUCAACUUAAUCGAGGAUGAUGCUGCCCUCAAGGCCAAGGUUGACGAGGCCCUGGCCGUUUACGACGAUUACGUCAAGUCUCAAGGUAACGACAAGAUUGGAGGCGUUGAGGUUAAGAAAGAAGAUGAUGGCAAGGCGUAA